AUGCGUCCCCGGCCCCGCCGAGCUGCCUGGCACCCAGGGCCAGCCGAGCCGUCUUGGCAGCUACAGCGGAAGAGCCCACGAGCCGAGGAAACAGCAGCAGUCCGCUUCAGAGCAAUGGGCUGCCUUUACAUGACCCUCGGAAUCUGCUUCCUGCGGCAAACCCCAUCGGCCUGCCGAAGGGACUGGCAGCGCAAGCUUUGUCGCGGCCCGGCGGCGGCCCCGUCGCUGCCGCCCGAGGAGGCGCGCCGGCGGCUGCGCAGGCCCGUGUACGACAAGCCGCCGCUGGGCGCGGAGACGGAGCUGGGCGAGCUGGGCCGGCCGGCGCGGCUGGAGCUGAGCGAGGCCGAGCAGCGCCGCCAGGAGGAGAGCGUCCGGCGGCACCAGAUCAACAUCUACCUCAGCGACCGCAUCUCCCUGCACCGGCGGCUGCCCGAGCGGCGCCACCAGCUAUGCAGAGAGAAGAAAUAUGAUUAUUAUGGCUUGCCAAAGACUUCAGUUGUGAUAGCUUUCUAUAAUGAGGCAUGGUCAACACUUUUGAGAACAGUUCACAGUGUUCUUGAAACAUCUCCUGAUAUUCUUUUAGAAGAAGUUAUACUUGUUGAUGAUUACAGUGAUAAAGAACACUUAAAGGAAGCUUUGGAGAACUAUGUGGCUAACUUGCGCAAGGUACGGCUUAUCAGGGCAAAUAAGAGAGAAGGCUUGGUUCGAGCAAGACUGCUGGGAGCUUCUAUAGCAAAGGGGGAAGUUCUUACGUUUCUUGAUUGCCACUGUGAAUGCCAUGAAGAAUGGCUUGAACCACUAUUGGAAAGAAUUAAAGAAGAACCAUCGGCUGUUGUCUGUCCCGUGAUAGAUGUGAUUGACUGGAACACUUUUGAAUAUUUGGGAAAUGCUGGAGAACCACAGAUAGGUGGUUUUGACUGGAGACUGGUCUUCACUUGGCACAUGGUGCCAGAGAGGGAGCAACGACAGAGGAGAUCCAAGACCGAUGUCAUCAGGUCUCCAACUAUGGCUGGUGGACUUUUUGCUGUCAGUAAGAAUUAUUUUAGUUAUCUUGGUUCAUAUGACACUGGAAUGGAAGUAUGGGGAGGGGAAAACCUUGAAUUUUCAUUCCGGAUUUGGCAGUGCGGAGGAAGUCUUGAGAUCCAUCCUUGUUCUCAUGUGGGACACGUUUUCCCAAAGCAAGCUCCCUACUCACGAGCAAAGGCUUUGGCUAAUUCUGUCCGUGCUGCGGAAGUGUGGAUGGAUUCAUACAAAGAACUUUAUUAUCACAGAAAUCCACAUGCACGCAUGGAGCCUUAUGGAGAUGUGACAGAAAGAAGACUGCUUCGAGAGAAACUAAAAUGCAAGGAUUUCAAAUGGUAUUUGGAGAAUAUUUACCCAGAACUCCAUGUGCCAGAGGAUAGACCUGGCUUCUUUGGAAUGCUGAAGAAUAGAGGGAUGGCAAAUUACUGCUUUGAUUACAAUCCUCCCAAUGAACAUGAAAUAACAGGACACAGAGUCAUAUUAUAUCCAUGUCAUGGCAUGGGACAAAAUCAGUUCUUUGAAUACACCUCCCUCAACGAGAUACGUUACAAUACACGACAUCCUGAGGCCUGUGCAGCUGUGGAACCAGGAACUGACUACUUGACCAUGCAGUUGUGUAAAGACAGUAUUCAGAACAUACCUGAAAAUCAGAAAUUUGUUCUGAGAGAGGAUGGAACAUUCAUCCAUAUGCAGACCCAGAAGUGCCUCCAAGCCGAAUCGAAUGCCUAUGAUGACACUCCAGCUCCUGUGCUACGACCAUGCUCCAAUUCAGAAUACCAGAAAUGGUUUUUCAAAGAAAGGAGCUGAUAAAGAAAUCCAUUUUGUGGCUGAUCAAGAUAAUCUUUGGAACUGAAGCAAGAAAAUCUCCAACAAUUGUUUAUAUGAAGAAGAGCUGUAAUUCUCUCUUCCCUUUCUUCUUCCUGAGAAUGCCAGCAGGCACUGAUGUCUGCAUUCAAUAGUUGGAUUUUCUGCAGAGGAUAUAUGGCAGCUAUAUGACUUUUCCAAAAAUUCUUUAUUUCCCAGAAUGCCAUGUAUUUUAACCUGUUAGGCGUAGGAGUGCCAUAUAAGUGGUUGCACUAAUGUUGACAAUUUACAUAUUUAUUUUUUUAUUAAAAAUUCUGAAACGGUGCCUUCCUAAGAGAUAUUAAAAUAAAAAUAUAGGAAAGGCCAAAGUUUGCUGUGAAAUGUAUGAAUACAGUAGAGAAAUUCAUAAUGACUUUUGUGUAUAUCUAACAGUUUAGAGAAUAGGAAAUUUGCACAAACACUUGUGAACUAUACAGAUAAUCUACAGAAGUAUACCAAAAAGAUCAAAUCAUGCUCUUUAGUUGAUAUCAAAGUGAAAUGGCUAAUCAUUUAGGAUGUUUUUGAGGGAGAACAUUAUUAGCUUUUUAAAAUAAAGCAGUAAAUUAUUGUAAUCUUUAUAUAGCAGGCAUACAGAACUAGUGUGUAUUGGAAACUUAUUUUUAAGAGUUUUGGUAAGCAGAAACGUUACUGCUGGAAAAAUGAAUUUGCACAAGGAGACUUGGUAAGGGGGAAAUACCAUGUUAAAUUGCAGCCAAGUGUAACAGUCUAUACACAUUCAGAAGAGGGUAAAUUGUAUCAGAGAAGCAUUUGAUCCUUUUUCUGAUCGUCACUGUCCCUCUGAUUCCUUAUCUCAACCCCACUGGUGUUCUGGAUCUAACCUUACCUCAAACACAGGAUUCUGACAUUCUCUGGGUACAAAAGUAGCUGCUGGGUGUGGUGGAAUAAGAGAGGGUUGGAGCAAUUUUCUUUCUUCCUGUCCAUUCUUCAUUGUGAGUAAUCCCCUUCUGGAGGUGCUUUGCAAUGGAGAAGGGAUGUGAAGGAUUUGUUUCACAUGACUGUAGUAUGUCCAGUUUAUCUUGAAUAGUCAAGGGAAAAAUCAUUUAGUUAAUUUUUAAAGUAAUUACUUUAAAAUACACAAAAAUGAUAGGAUAUUGAUUUAAAAAACUGUUCAUACAAAACUACCUCAAACACAAGCUGGGGAUAAAACUCAGCAUAGUCUUAUUACAACAUGCCCUGAAAAUAUGAGAAUUUUCAGAAUGAAAAACAAGUGUGUUAAUAUGGAAGUGACUUAGCAUGUUCACCAAAGUAAUACAAAAUAAGAUCAGAUGAUCACAUAUUAACAUGACGUUUAGUAUACAGGAAUAUACAUUCCCAAUAAAAUUAUGUGGCCAGUUUUUAUCUUGGGUAUUUUAGCAUGGGAAAAGUAUUCAUACCUGGUUUGCACAUUACACUGACCCAUGGUUGGUAACCCUGCCCAUGGUUUGUCUGGCAAAGAACAUGGAGUUUGUUUUCACAGCUCCUGAGUUGUUCCCUUCCUAGUUCACCUAUUUCCUUUUUGUAUAUCUCUGUAGCACUCUACUACUCACUUUUCCCCACUUUGUCCACCAUGUCUGAAGUUUAGUGAAGCAAUCCAUAAACAAACCACAGUUCUGGGUUUUCAUGUAAUGACAACUCAUGGUUUAAACAAACCAGAGUUCACAACCCAGGAACCAAGCCAUAUUUUGGGUUGUUCAUCAUGAACAACCCAUGGUUUGCUAAUAUGGCUAUAUUGACACAUUGUGACAACCCAGAACUUUACAAGCUAUGGGUUAAAAUUCCCCUUUUGUUAGCAUUGGGUGUGAAUCAAUUAGCUCUCCACUGCUUGGCAUAUCCAUAGAAAGGAAUUUUUCUAUAACUUGGGCCGUUCAUUUACCACAGAGGUAGACAGAAGGCAGACUGGGAUUGAUAUACUGGUAGAUUUCAGUGUUUUGCAAAAAUGCCUUCAAAUUAUUUGGCAACUGUUUGAUUCCCAUUUGUUUGACAAUAGUACCAAAAAGGCUCAGCCACACCCUAAACUACACUGCUGAGAUUAAGAUUAAACUUAGAUAACCAGCAAUGGAUUACUGCAUAACAGAACCAGAGCUUCAUUCAGCCUGGGCUCAGAAAUCCUGAUUUUGCCUAUGUGUCUCUUGCCUUAGGCUCCAGGUGUUGGCUAUUAGGCUUGAAGUCAAACAAAAAUCCUGCCAGCUGGAAGCCUUGCCCAAUCUUAAUGAGCUGCAUGUGUGUUUUGAGUAAAUGUAUAGACAGUCACUGACCUCUUCCUUAUCUGCACAAAGAAACGGAGUGUGAUUUGGGGUAAGGAACAGUGCACAGCAGCAUCUAACUUUCUUCCUUCCCAGGCAAUUUCCUUUCCUACACUUUUGUUAUUUGACCAGCAGUCACAAAGCCUCCUUUCAGGUGCUUUUCCCUUCAGUGGAACAGGCAUUGAAGUGGGGGGUGUGUUCAUGUGUUGCAGCUUAAAGUUAAUAUGAAACCUUACUUGUAAAAUACUUACUCAGCCUUAAUCCAUCUCAAGACUAACAGAAAUGCCCGCCUUGUCCAUUUGCACAGGUGUGUGCAGCUGGACAACUUGUCCACUUGAGGCAGUGUGGUGUAGAAACCACAUUUUCCAGGCUAAACAAAUACAACAUUCCUCUUGCAAUUUUCGGUGUAGGGAUAGGGCUGGAAAUGCUGUAUAGCAUUCACCAUGGGACACGUAGCUGGUAAAUCAGGAAUGCAUAUUCUCCCCCCUCCCCACCCACAAUCCCUAUCUUCCCCAGAAUUAAUUCUCUCUCCUCCUCUGCUACAGUUAAGCAGUUCAUUAUCAGCAUAGUCAACUCUAGUUAAGGCUAGCAAGGAUUUCCCUUAAAGCUGGAGCCGAAGCCAUGAGUUGAGGUGGACUUUAGAUCAGGCAUGGGCAAACCUCUAGCUGCAGUCCAUGAAGGCACUUGAAAAAGAAAACCCUAAAAAGACCAGUUUGCUGCAAAUUCCAGCAGCAAUUCAGCCUUAUAGAGCGCUCCAAUGCUUAAACGUAGUUUGUAUCCAAGCUACAUUUCACCCUUUUGGCAGUCCAGGCUGCACAGUGGGCCAAAUUUAUUAUGCAAAGCAGUUAAUUCUGGCCAUUUCAGCACUCCGCAGCCUCUGCAUGCCUAUUUUGUACAAUUUUAAAAACAUUUUUCUAGGGGGCAGUGUUGGCAGUUGCAAGGGGUACAUAGCUGCUAUUAUUACUAGCUUUAAAAAUUAGCUUCUGUAGCCAGGCUUACAUUUUCCUCAGUCCAGAAUAUUUCUUGGCCAAUUUGCAAGAAGGGGGUCCGCAUUUUAGCAUACAUUCAAAAAGCACGGGUAACAUGGAAUGCAUCCUUAUACUCAACACAGGGUGGAUGGCAUCUGAAACUAUGAGAAUGCACUUCUGGUGCCAUCCUCAGAAACCCAAGAAUAGGAUGAGUUGGUAAAAUCUUAGUUCAUUGAUGUCAAUUUUCUUUCAGUGCCUUUGUCACUUUUGAGACAAAAUCAGGCAUGGUACUGUCCCAUACAGUGCUCAAUUGAUGGGCAUAUGUGCAGGAAAACCAUGAAAUUCAAAGCCGCUGCUUUCCAAGUGCCUUAAAGUGUAUGCUUUCUUACUCUGAUAUUAUUUGGGGGUUUUUUUCCUCCUUAUCUGUUGUUCUUGUUAUGCAACUGCUAACACAAUGGCAGAGUAUGAUUAGUAUUGUUUAAUAAUUUUAUAAAGCAUGUUUUCUUUUUUUGUAGCACUUAAAUGUGUAUGUUCUUGCAGGCUUGUGGACAAUCAUAUACAUGGAAGGGUUUGUGCAAGAAUCUUAAUGUAAUGGAUACAAAAGCCAAUAAAACGUUUGUUGAUUUAUA